AUGGGCGGACCACGAGUUGGAGAAGUGCAUGAGCCAACUGUGGCGCUGGGGGGUCCCCCUUCACGCCUAAUCCUCUCAUCUUUCCCCGUCUUGCGCUUCCUUUUCCCCUCCUCCUUCCCGCCCGUGCGCCAGCCAUGGGUGGAGCGCGAGCUGGAGAAGCGCAUGGGGCAACUGCUACCGCUGGUGGAGGAGUCUUUCUCCGUUGCUUCCUCCCUGGCUAAGCAAUUCGUGCAGGACCCAGCGGUGGAUGCUCUGGCGGACGAUGACGAUACAGCCUAUGCUGUUGAAGAGCUUGUAGCGGAUCUCGCUUCUAAAGGUGCAGCGGAUCUGGACGACGCGCUGCAGCAGUUUGGGUCGGAGCAGAUCGCGGAGUCGGUGGUGGCUUACUUCGAUGUGCUCAUGGCGGCCGUAGAUGGCCACCUCGAGAAAGAGGGCGAGGCGAGUGAGGGAGCGAGUGAGGGAGCGAGUGAGAGAGGGAGUGAGAGGGGGAGUGGGAGCGACGGGAGUUUCAGGAGGGGAAGGAGGGGUGCGGGGAGAGGUGGGGGAAGCGAGAGUGGGAGCCGGAGUGGGAAUGGGAGUGAGAGUGAGGAAGGGAGUGUGAUUGAGGGUCGCGAGGAGGAGGAGGAGGAUUAUGAGGGAAGAGGGGGGAUGAGGGGGGGAGUAAGGGUUGGGAUGGAUGGGAAUAGGCAUGAGAGAGGGGACAGUAGAGGGAGUGAGUCGUGGGACGAGGAAGGGGAGGAGGGGGAUAGCUAUGGGGAGAGUGAGGAGGAGGACGAGAGGGGAGGAGGAGGAGGAAGGGGAGGAGGAGUAGGAGCAGGGGGAAGAGGAGUGAAAGGAGGAGGUGGGAGGAUGGGAAUGGAUAUUGAUGAUAUGGAUGAGGAGGGGAGGCUAGAUGAAGAGGAGGGGGAUAUGGAUGGUGAUAUGGAGGAGGGGUACGGGCAAGAGGAGGGGGGAGUGGGGAGGAUGUGGGGGGAGGAGGAUCGAGGGCUAGACGUAGUAGAGGAGGAGGAUGAGGAGGAGUUGGAGGAGGAUGAGAGAGAGGGGGAGGGUAGGGGUAUGGGGAGGUUGCUGGGCGCUGGAAGAGUGAGUUUUAAAGAGGGAGGAGGGAAGGUGGUGUAUGGAGGGGAGGAGGAGGGUGGGAGUGAGGUGGAGAGUGGGAGUGAGAUGGGGAGUGGGAGCGAGAGGGGUGGUGUUAGCAGGGGGAAUAUGAGAGGCGGGAGGGUGGGGGAAGGUUCAGAAGGGGAGGUGGAAGAGGAUGAUAUGUCGAUGAGUGGUGGGGAGGAGAAGCAGAUGGGUGUAGGAAGGGAGGGGUCUGGGGACUGGACAGAGGAUGAAGAGAUGAGGGAGGGGGAGGAAGGAUUGAGCGGGAGUGAUGUUGAGGGGGGAGUGGCUGGAGGACGGGUAGGGGGUGUGGGGAUGAACGUUGGGGAAAUGCAUGGGAGUGGAAUGGGUGAGUUAGGAGGGGAAAGGGGAGACUCGGAUCAAGGCUCAUUUGAUGAUGAUGAUGAUGACGACGACGAUAUUCCCUUGGCCGAACCUGGAAGGGAGUAUCAUUCAGGUUCGGAAGAGAAUGAGGAGGGGGAAGGGGAGGAGGGGGCACGAGGUGAUGCUGGCAGUGUGAUUAUACACGAUGGUAUGAGCGCUGCUGGCUCGGCCCGAGGCUCUUUCCGGGGCUCACUCGCUGACUCAGGGUCUUUCCGAGGCUCGGUGGGAGGUUCGGCGCGAAGCGGGGCUGGGGCGUUCCAGGGUCCAGGCAUGGGGUUUCCGGAGCAGGAGGAAGGGAUAUUUGAUGACGAUGAUGAUGAUGAUGACGAUGACGAGGAUAUUCCGCUUGCCGAAGCUGGAGUUUCGGGAGAUUAUGGGUCAAGUUCGGACAGCGAUGUGGUGCCGAUUGCGCAGCCGGGAAGAGCACCGGACCUGGAUGGGGAAGGCUUGGGGGAUUCCCAAGGAGAAGAAGAUUCGUUUGGGGAGGGGGAUUCCCAAGGGAUGAAUUCUCAAGAUGAGGGCUCUCAAGAGGGCGAUUUUCAAGAGGGCGAUUCGCAAGGGGAGAGUGAUUCUCAGGAUGACGCUGGGAUGCCAGGAGAGGGUGGUUCUGUUACCCCUGACAGUCUAUCAGGGUCCGGUGAAGAGGUAGAGGAUGAUGAUGAUGAUGAGGAUGACGAUGAUGAUGACGAUGAUGAUGAUAUUCCUAUAGCCAUGGUGAACCUGUCGAGUCAAAGCAACAACAGCAGCUUCGGUAGCUUGGGGGGCAGCGGCGGUGCUGGUGGUGGUGGUGCGGGUGGCAGUGGUAAGCACGAUCUGCCACACAUCCCAGCGGCAAUCAAGGCUUUAAGAUCGCAGCAUUUCGACGUUCCCCACAAACCGCUUACCGGGUCCGGGGGGCUGGGCAGUCCGAGAGUUGCCGCCAUCAGCCGCCCGGGCGCCGCUGGUUUUGUCCGUCCCAUGCCGCCCGCUGCUGGCCGCGUCAACUCCUUCUCCGUCUUUUCCGAGCCGCCCCAGAAGCUGCCGACCAACCGGGUGAACUCGUUCUCUGGACACCGUUUGCAGGGGGACGGCGUGCCUCUAACCCCAACCCCGCCACCUCACCCGCACCCUCCCAUGUCCGAACGAGACCGGCUACUAGCCGCACGAGUUAACUCGUUUCAGAUGCGAGCGGUUAGCAGCAGUCCACGGGCGGCGGCAACAGCGAAUAGAGUCAAUUCCUUCUCGCAUCCGGCUAGUGGGCUGGCUUCCCCCCAUGCUAUGGCAGCAGGGCGGGUGAAUUCGUUUAAUGUGGACAACCGACCAGGGACUGGGGGCGGUGCAGGCGGGAUUCCGUCCUCUCCUCUGGCCAAUCGGGUGAAUUCGUUUAAUGUGGACGCGAGGGGCGGGAGUGGGAGUGGGUUUGCUGCCUCGCCGCUUGCUAAUCGGGUGAAUUCGUUCCAGGGGGUGGGGGUGGGUAUUAGGGGAGGGGGAGCGAUGGGGAUGGGUGAGACAGGGGUGGGGCAUGGGCGAGGUUCGGUUGGAUUCGGUGGUGGUAGGUUUGGGAUGGGCAUGGGAAGGGGGAGGGGAGCUGCUACUGGUGGUAGUGGCGGUUUUAAGGUUCCUUCCCAGGAUUCGUUUGGAGAAGGGGAAAUGGGAGAUGAGGAAGAGGAGGAUGAGGAGGAGGAGAAGGAAGGGAGAGGAAUGGGGAAGGGUUUUAGGGAUGGGGACAAGGGGAGUGGUGGAAGUAGCAGGAGGGGCAGUGAGAGGAGUGAAGAGGAGGAGAAUGAUGCUUCAUCAGCAGCAACGGAGGAAGGGGAGGGGAGCAGUGAGGGGGAGGAGAUGAGCGAGGACGGGGAGGGAGAUAGGGAGGAGGACGGGAUGGGGAGAGGAAGAGGGAGGUUUGGAAAAGGAGGGGAAGAGAGUGGGAGUGGGAGUGAGAGUGAAGGGGAGAAUCAAACCCAGUACGGCCGUGCGCCGACUCUCCCCAUAAUGAGACAAGCCAAUGCCAGCCCAACGCAGCAUGCGCCGCCGCCCCUGCCGGUUGCCCCGUCUCCUAGUGGCAGUGUGGGCGGUGCCAGGGGCGGGUCUAGCUUCCUUAAAUCUACCUCCACCGGGUCUGCCUCCCCUGGGUCUGCUGGUCCGUCUCCUGCUGCCUCUCCUGCUGCAGCUGCAGGUGUAGCAGCAGCAGUGGGGGCUGUGGGGGCAGUGGCGGGAGUAUCAAUGUCUCCCAGGCCGUUUCCACCUACGAGGGAUAGAAGGAGCGAGUCCGGAGGGGGAAGCGGUGGAGCAGGGUUAGGAACGGUGGUGGAGGAAGGGGCUGAAAGGGGAGUGGAGAUGUGGACGGGUGAGGAUGCGGCAGGGGCAAGGGGAGGGGCAGGGGUAGGAGGAGGGAGUGUGGGAGUGGGAGAGGAGGGGCCGAAGCGAGUGAGUGUGGGGGUAGGAGAGGAGGUGUUGGUUCCCCUUGUGCCCACUCCUCCAGGAGGAGCAAAGAAAAGCCCGUGGGGGAGCUUUGGACGAAGGAGCUUCAAGAGGGUUAGCAGCAGGCAGGAGGCGGAUACAGAAGCAGAGGAAAAUGGGGGGGGAGGAGGGGUGGCGGUGAAGGGAGGGGGGAAGGGUGUGGCUGGAGCGGGAGUGGUAACUGGCAUGGGUGCUGUUGCUGCAGCUGCUGUUGCUGCUGUGGGAGCCGCAGGGUUCGAGGAGAAGGAGAAGGACGAGGGAAUUGAGGGGAGGGAAGUGGGAGGAGGAAAGGGGGGAGGAGGAGAAAUGGGAUGCAGGGAUGUAAUGGCAGCUUCAGCUGUGGUUGAUGAUUUGAGUGAUAGUGAUGAGGAGGAGAGAAGGGAGAGGAUGGAGGAAGAGGAGGAGCAUGGGGAUGAGAGGAGUGUGAGUGGAGGGGAGAGUGAGGGGUCUGGAGUGGGUGGCAAGAGGAAGCUGGGAGAAAGAUUUGGGCGGCUGCCCGGAUCUCCCGGGCAGUUUGGGCCAGGUGAAUUGGACGAAGAGGUUGGUGCGUCCCCAUCUCGCCGGACCAAGCUUCAGGAUGGUUCCACAGCCGAUCAGUGGCAGCUUCGGAAGCAUGGCCAGGUUGGGGAUGCAGGUCUGGUUACAGGCUCUGCAGCAGGCUCGGCAGCUGGUCUGGUGGAAGCAGCACCUUUGCAGAGCUUCGGAAGCGUUGACAUGACAAUGGGGGAGGCUGGGAGAGACGAGGAGAGAGUGAAGGAGGAAAGGGAAAGGGAGGAGGAGGGUGUUGGAGAGGAGGAAGGGGACACUGGUUCGGAAGGUUCAGGUCCGGAAGAAGGUGAAAAGGGUGAAGAGAGAGGGGAGGUUGGGGAGGGAGAAGAGGGAGGGCUGGAAGUUUCUUGCAUAGAUCGGGAGAAAGUUGGGGGAGAGGAUGAGAGGGAGGAAGGGAGUGUGAGAGGGAGUGAGCGAGGAAGUGAGGGAGGGAGUGAGAUGCACAGUGAAUCCGAACAAGAGUCUGACCACAGGUCAGAAGGCUCAGCAGGAGGCCCGGAUCAUCACAGACGAGGCUCGGGAGACUGGACUGGUUCGGAACGAGGCUCGGAGCGAGGCUUGGGACACUGGUCUGGUUCGGAUUAUAAUGAAGAGUAUGAUGAGGAGGGUAGGCCGAUAAGUCGAGAUGGUAGGAGGCCGAUAAGCAGAGAUGGGAGACCUGAUAGCCGGGAUGGGAGGCCUGACGAAUAUGAUGAGGAGGGAAGACCGAUAAGUAGGGAUGGGAGGCCUGAUAGCAGUUAUGGGAGGGAUGAGGAUUAUGACGAGGAGGGAAGACCGAUAAGCAGAGAUGGGAGGCCUGAUAGCCGGGAUGGGAGGUGGAGAAGGGGAGAGGAGAGGUGGGAGGGGGGGGAGAGGUACAGUGGUAGUGAAGAUGGGAGUGAGGAAAGGAGUGAGAGGGGCGAGGAGGGGAGUGAGAGGGGGAGUGGGGAGGAAGGAGGCGAGUUGAGUGGGGAGGAGGGGGAGAUAGAGGAAAGAGCGGACCAGGAGUGGAGGGAAUGGGCUGCAAAGAGGGAAUCAGACGAGGAGAGGGGCUCAGAUGAGGAAAGGGGUUCAGCGAGUGAAAGGGGUUCGGAAGAUGGAAGGGGAUCGGAGGACGAAAGGGAAGCUAACGUUGCAUUGGGGGCAGAGGAAGCUGGAGGUUUUGAGGAGGAAGGAGACGGGGAGCAGCGGAGGGGGUUGAGUGCGGUUGAGAGGGAGGAUGGGGAGGACGGCGAGGAGAGAAUGCGGAGCGAGGAGAGCAAGAGGAUGGGGUUGAUGGGGGGCCUGAGUGGCCGAUUGGGUUCAGGUCUGGUGGGGCGAAGGGGAUCAGGUCUGGUGGUAGAUGUGGGUAGGCCAAAUGAUGAGGAGGAUGAGGAUGAGGAGGAGGAUGAUGAGGAGGGAGAUGGUGGUGAGCAUAGCGAGCGUAGCGAUGAUCAUAGUGAGGCUCGGGAUCAUGAGGAGUGGUCAGGUUCGGACAGAGGCUCGGCGGAAGGUUCGGAGGGUCUCAGGCUUGGCAGCGACCGUGGUUCGGCGGGUGUUUUGACUCCAGAGCUUACACCUCAGGGAAGCUGGAGGGGUGAUGACGUCACCCCCCUGGGCAGUUUCAGGGGUGAUGAUGCGUUAACUCCUCUGGGCAGCUGGGGGGGCGAAGGGGAACUUACCCCGGUUUGGAGGGGUAAAGGGGAAAUUACCCCUCAAGGAAGCGGGGACUGGGGAGAAGAGGCAGAGAGGGAGAGGGAGGAAGAGGGGGAGGGGGUUUUGACACCUGUGUUAACCCCCCAGGGCAGUUGGAGGGGCGAAAUGUCAGGGAGCGAGCGGGGGGAAGGGUCUGAAGGGGAAGGGUCUGUUAUUGAGUUGACUCAGAGGGAUGGGGCUUUAACACCUGAGUUAUCUCCCCAGGGAAGCUGGAAAGACGAGGGGGAGAGAGAGGGGGGUUUGACGCCCGAGUUAUCGCCACAGGGGAGUUGGAGGGGGGAGUUUUCAGGGAGUGGGAGGAGGGAAGGGUGGGACGGAUUGGAGGGAGAGGAGGAGGGCAGGUACGAGGAUGGGAGGGGGAGUGAGGAGGGAAGUGAGAGAGGGAGUGUGGUGUCUAGGGGUGGAGAAGAGGAGGAGAGGGAGAGGCAGUGGGAGAGUCUGAGGGAUGGGGAGGAAGAGGAGGGGAGUGUGAGAGGAGAGGACGAGGAGAUGGGGAGAGGGGAGAGUGAGGGGGAGCGUGACGGAGACAGUGAGGAGGAGGAGAGGGAGAGACAAUGGGCCAAGAUGCAUGCUGGGAGUGAGGAGGGGAGUGAGGAUGGGAGGGAGGAGGGGAGUGCGAGGGGGAGUGAGGAAAUUGAGAGGGGGAGUGAGGGUGAGAUGGAGGAGGGAAUGGAAUUGGAGGGAAUUAUGGGUGAGGGAAGUCAGAAUGAUGGGGAGGAAGUGGGAGAUGAGGAGAGAGAGAGUGGAAGUGAUGAUGAUGAUGACGAUGAUGUGGUGGUUGCAGUGGCAGCAGCAGUGCCACCACCACCAGAAGAAGGGGAUUCGAAUAGGGACGAAUAUCAAGGCUCGGAAAGAGGCUUGGAGGGCAGCUCGGAAUCCGGCUCGGAAGCAGGUUCGGAAAAAGAAAGAGGUUUGGGAGAUGAGGGGAGGAUGGAGAGCGACGAGGAGGCGGAGGAAGUGAGAGGUGUGGGCGGCGGGGGAGUGAGAGGAGAAGGGUUUGGGGAAGAGCAGGAACUUUAUGAGCAAGAGGAAGGUCUGAGUGGGGAUGAGAAGAGGGAAGAGGCGAUGGGGGAUGAGGAUGGGGACAGGCCAAGGGAGCAACGGGGCAGUGGUGAUGUUGAAGGUGGGGGUAUGAGCGAGAGCGAUGGGAGUGAUAGUGACGGCGAUGUUGCUGUUGCUGUGGCCGCCCCUUCUGCUGUGGCCGCCGUUUCUGCUGGCCUUGUUGGGGUGGGGUUGGCAGUGGGAGCUUCUCUAGGAGAGGGUGGCGAGGGAGUGUAUCCUGUGCAAGGCGAUGCGUCAGUUGCUCUUAUCGAGUCUGCUUUUGACGAGAAUGGGCUUGGGAAUCAUGAGAGGGAGGAGCAGGAGGAGAGGGAGGAAGAGAAGGAGGGGCAGGAGGAGGAAAGGGAAGAUAGGGAGCUUCAGGAGAAAGAGUGGAGAGAAGGUCAUGAGGAGGAGGAGGAGGUUGAUGGGGAGGAGUCCAGUAGUGAGCGGGACAGGGAGGAGGAAGAGGAGGAGGAGAGGGGAGUAAAUGGAGUGGGCGGUGGUCUUAUGAUGGGGGGAAGUGAGGGAGGGGAGAGUGAGAGUGAGAGGGAAGUGAGUGAGGGAGAAGAGGUUGAGCGGGAGGAGAGAGAAGGGGAAGAGGAUAAGGGAGAGGGGAGUGACAGGGAGGGGAGUGAGAGGGAGGAGAGUGAGGAGGAAGAUAGUGAUGGGGAGGUGAGGAGGGAGAGGCGACACAGGUACCAUCAGAACCAGAUGGUAGAAGAUGAGGAGGAGGAAGAGGAGGUGGAAGAGGGUUACAAGGAAAGUGAUUAUAAGGAGGAGCGUUAUAAAGAGUAUGAGGAGGAUAGCGAGGGGUAUGGGAAUAAUGAGGAGGAAGAAGAGGAGGGCAGGUUAAAUGAUGAUGAUGAUAAGCGGAGUGACGUAUCUGGGGAGAGUGGAGAAGGGCUGUUUGAGGAUGGGCGGAGGGAUGAAGGGGAGAGUGAGGGGGAGAGUGAGGGGGAGGUUGAGGGGGAGGUUGAACGGGAGGAGAGUAGGGGGGAGGAGAGUGAGGGUGAUGAGAUGGAUGUGGGUGAAGAGAGUGAGAGACGAGGAGCUGGAGGGAUGGAGAGAGAGGAGGAGGAGAUGGACGAGAGAGAGGAGAGAGAGGAGAGGGACUAUGGAGACGAGAGAGAUUAUAAGGCGGAGGGUCAAGAGAGUGAAGAUAUUAAGAGUGAGGAGAGUGAGGGAGAAAGGGGCAGGGCGACAGAAGGUGAUGAAGAGAAGGACGAGGAGGAGGUUGCGACUGGACAGGUUGAUCCGGGGGAGGUGUUAUUUGUGAAAGGGGGAGAGGGUAAGGCGGAGUCAGGUAGCGAUGAUGAGGGGGAGGCGGUAUCUGUGAAGAAAACUGAGGAGGAUUUGGAGGAGGAGGGGCGUUUGGUUGGUGGUAGGACUUCGGAACGGGUGUCAGAGGCAGGUGGUUCUGAGGAAGGUAGAUCUGAGGAUGGGGAAAAUAUAUCAGAAGAUGGGGAAGGUAGGUUUGAGGAUGAGGAAGGAGAAGAAGCUUGGCAGGGAGAAGGAGAGAGAGUAGUUGGAGACGAGGAGAGGUUAGAAGGAGGAGAGGAGAGAGUGAGGGAGGAAGGAGAGAGUGGGGAGGACAUGGAGGAUAUUGAUAGUGAGGGAGGGGAGGAGAGCAGUGAGGGUGAGUGGGAAGGGAGAGGGGAAGAGUGGGAGGAGGACGAGGAGGAAAGAGAGGCGUUAGCAGCGGUUUCAGCAGCUUCGGCAGCAGCAGCUUCGGCAGCAGGUUUGGCAGCAGUGGCGGCUGCUGCUAAGGCAGCAGCAGGAAGGCACGGGGAUGGGGAUGAGAGGGAGGAGGAGGAGAGGGAGGGAGAAGUAGGGGAGGAAGUGGGUGGUAGUGCAGCAGAAUGGGCUCUCUCUGAAGGGGAGGAGGAGAAAGAGGAGGAUGAGGAGGAGAUAGAGAUGGAGGAGCGAGAGAGGGAGGAUGCGGAGAGUGAAGUGGAGAGUGUAGAUGAAGAAGUGGAACAAGGGGAGGAAGGAGGAGGUGAAGAGAUGAGUGAUUCAGAAGCAGAGGGAGAAGUGGAAGCAGAACGAACGGCUGGAACAGAAGGAGCAGAAGGAGCAGAGGGAGCAGAGGGAGCAGAGGAAGCAGAUUUAGAAACUGAUUCCUCUGGGGCCAUUGCUCUCUCUACUCGCUCCCCUCGCAGCGCCAGCUGGAGCCCCCGCUCCCCCGAUGAAGCUGGUCCCCCCCACAGUCCCCCAUCGCCCCAUCUAGGCACCGGAAGCUUAGGCUCCGCUGCUGCUGCCGCCGCCGCCGCCGCCGCCGCUGCUGAUGCCGCUGCUGCUGGUGGUGCUGCUGGUGCUGCUGAUGGUGCUGCUGCUGAUGGUACUGGCAUCACUGCUGGCGUUAUAGCUGGUGGUGCUGAUCCGUCUGGGUUCACCUUUGCCCCGCAUAAGCCUUCUCCCCAAGUCUCACUCACCCUACCCGCCCACGGCCCCCAUCCCCACCUCACCCUUUCCCCCCACGCCCCCCUCGCGCUCUCCCCCAGAGCCUCUCUGGCGCUCUCCCCGUGCCACCCCCCGUCCCCCCCGCCCCAGCGCCCCUCCCUGCUCUCCCCCAUUUCCCCCCGGGCGCGCCUGGCCACGUAUCGUGUGGCUGGGGAGGGUUUUGGGUUCGGUGUGGGGUGGAAUGGGGAAGGUGGAGAGGAGGGGAGGAGGGCCGGGUGGGCUGCUGGUGAGAAGGUGGAGGAGGAGGGUGAGGAGGGAGAGGAGAGGGAGGAGAGGGGCGAGAGGGUGGGUGAUGAUGAGGAGGUGAGGGAGGAGAUGUGGGAUGUGGAGGGGGAGGAGGAGAAGGGGGAGGAGAGGGAGGAGGACAGAGAGGAUGGGAUGGAGAGGGGCGAUGAGAGUGAGGAAGGAGGGGACGUGGAGGGGGAAGAAGAGGAAGAGGAGAGGGAAAGGGAGGCAGCAGAAGAGGAGGAAGGGGAGGAAUGGAUUGGAGAUGGAAGGUCGGAUGAGGGGAUUGAAACGAUGGUGGAGAGGGAGAGAGAGAUGGAGGAGAGUGAAAGAGGAGAGAGUGAGAGGGGGGGAAGUGCACGAGAGGAGAGUGAGAUGGGGGAGAGUGAGAGAGGCGAGGAAGAUCUGGGAGAGAGUGAUAUAGAGGAGAGGGAGGAUGGGGCGGAAGGGAGGGCGGAGGAGCGUGAAUCAGGUGACGAGGCGAGAUCAGACGCGGGGUCAGCACUUGAUUCAACGUUUACUGCUGCCACUGCCGCCGUUGCUGUGGCUGCUACUGCUGCCGUUGCAGGCACUGCUGCCUCUGCGGCUCCUGUCUUUGAUGAUGCUGGUUCUGAGAGAGAUGACAGGGAGGGGGAUGUUGAAGAGGAGGAGGAGGUAGAGGCGAGAUCAGAGGAAGGGUCGGAGGUAGCACUAGAUUCGACUGCUGCUGCUGCCACUGCCUCUGCUGUUUUGGAUGAUGAUGUGUCUGAGAGAGAUGAAAGAGAGGAGGAUGUUGAAGAGGAGGAUGAGUACGGAAAGAAAGUGAGGUAUGGAGAGAGGGAGGAGGGUGAAAGCGAGGGAGAAGUGGGAGAGGAGGAAGAGGAAGAGGGAGCAGAGGAGGAAGAGGAGAAAGCGGAGGAGGAAGAUGAGGAGGACGGGCGAUCAGAUUCUCUUUUGUCUCCAGCCCUCACUCCCCAACCUGACGCAGACUCGGCCGAACCUCCCCCUCACGCUCGGUCUGACAUUGGCUCUGGUGGAAGGUCGGAAGGGGAGGGAGAGGUUUGGGAGGGGGAGGAAGAUGGGAGAAGAGGGAGGAGGGAGUAUGGUGAGGAUGAGAGUGGUGGGGAGGACGAUGAGGAACGGAGGGAGCGAAGGAGGGAUCUGGAUGAAGAGGAGGAAGAGGAAGAGAAGGAGAAAGAUGAGGAAGGUGAAGAGGAGGAGGAGGAGGAGGAGGAGAUUCGGGGUUCAGACAAGCGCUACGAUUCUGAUCAGCGUUACGACUCGGACCAGCGUUACGACUCCGACAGACGUAAUGGAUCGGGCAGACGUAACGAAUCGGGCAGACGUAACGACGACUCCGAAGGGUGUUACGACUCUGACAGACGUAACGGCUCGGAGGAGGAUCGUUACGACUCGGAAGAGCGCUACAGGUCGGAUCGGCGAUACAAGUCCGAGAAACAGUAUGAGUCAGAACAGCAGUAUGACUCCGAGAAACAAUACGACUCGGAGAGACAAUACGAAUCAGAAACACAAGAUGAGGGGGAUAGGCGUGGGGAGAGAAGACGAGGAGAAGAUAGGGGAGGGCUCAGGGGAGAGGAUGGUUCUGGUGGGGAGGAUGAUGAUGAUAGGUAUGAGCAUGAGGUUGAUAGGCGAGACGGGAGGGAUGAGCAGGAUGAGGAGCAGGAUGAGGAGCAGGAUGGAUAUAGGCGAAGGGAAUAUGACAGUGAUGCGUUUGGCAGGAGUGAGAGGGAGGAGGAGGAGGACGAAGAGGAAGAUGAUGAGAAGGGAGAGAGUAGGCGGUAUAGAGAGGAGACAGGCAGUGAGGGGAGUGAGAGAAGGUAUGGCGAGAAGGGUAGGGAGGACGAGGAAGGGGAGGAGGGUGAGGAGGGAGAAGAGGGGAGAAAGGGAGAGGGGACAGAUGAGGGAGAGAAGGGAGAAGAGGGAGAGGAGGGUGAGGAGAGUGAUGAGGAAAGAGAGGAGAGGAGGUGGAGGGAUGGAGAUGCUUCUGAGAGUGAGCUAUCCCCGUCUGCUUCCACUGUGAGCGAUGCGGUUCCUGUUGCUGCUGUGGCUGCUGGUGCUGCUGGUGCUCCUCUUGCUGGGGCUGUUGCUGCUGUUGUUGCUGGUGCUGCAGCUGGUUCGGAGGCUGCUGCUAAGAUUGGAGAGGAGAGGGACAGAGAUGGAGAGGAUGAGGAGGAUGAGGAAGAAGAGGAGCAGGAGGAAGAGGAAGAGGAAGAGGAAGAGGAGGAGGGGAUUGAGGGCAAGGAGGAAGUCAGGAAAGGGGACGAGCAGGAGAAGGACGGUGGGGAGGAGGCAAGGGAGAGCAGGAGACCCGCUAUGGAACCACUCCCAGAAGGCAAAGCUGUGCUUCUCUCAGGCUCUCUUGCUCCUGGAAUGACAGGAGAGGUGGGCAGAAACGAGGAGGAGGAGGAGGAGGAGGAAGAGGAGGAUAGUGACGAUGAUAGCGAUGAAGCGCCGUUGGCGUUGGCUGCUGAUCCGAUAGCAGCUGAAGCUGUGGCGGAGGGACGGCGACUCGGAAAGCGCGAGCGGAGGGAGCGGCGGGCGCGGCUGCGGCAGCAGGAGAUGGGGCAAGAGAGGUACGGUGGAGAGCGGUACGGAGGGCAUGAGAGCGAUUCCUCUGCCAUGGAAUGGCGGACGGAGGAGGAGGAGAGGAGGGCGCGAGGAGGGGUGCCAGCAGGAGUGCUGGUUCUGGGAGGGACGGUGGUGAAACUGACAGGGACCGGAGCAGGGGACGAGCCUUUGACGUCGGAUGCAGGUGCAGGGGGGCUGGGAGCGGUUGGGGGAGGUAGAGCGGGGUUGGGUGCGGCUAUGAGGGAUGGAGUGCUGGUGGUUCCUGUGGUGGACGAAGAGGGAGGGCCAGGGAGGGCGGUGGGUGGGAUGGGUGGUGACGGGGAGAACAAGUAUAACCUUGACCCGCGCUUCCCAGAGCGGGAGGAGUUAGAGUCUCCUGCUGUGGUGAUUGCGCCUGGCCCUGGAAUGUUUGAUAUGGGAGCGGAUGAGGCAGGUGGAGAGGUGGGGAGGAGGAGUGUGGGGAGUAAGGAGAGGAGGAGAGGGGCAGGGGGGAGGAAGGGGAUACCAGUGAGAACAAUGAGUGAUGGACGGGGGAUGGAGAGAGUGAGGGUGGGAGGGGACGAGGAGGAAGAGGAAGAGGAGGAGGAAGGGGAGGCAGGUGGAGAGGAAAGGAGAGGGGGGGCGGUUGGGGGUAGAGGGAAGGGGGGAGUCAGGAGGAAGGGCACGUGGGAUGGGGCUAGUCCCUUGGGAUCCGGACCUGGUGCCUGGCGGUUUGAUGCUAAGGGGACAGCAGAGCAGGAGGAGGAGGAAGAGGAGGAGGAAGAGGAGGAAGAGGAGGACGAGCAAGUGGGGAUGGAGUCUAUGCAACCACUGGGAGGGGGGUACAACGAUUGUGAUGCUGUUACGGAUAUCACGGCUGUAACAUGCAUGACCGAUGCUACAGAUGCAGACAGCCAAGUGCCCCUGGCGCAAGCUUAUAAAGAGUACGACGCUGCUACCGAUAUCACAGGUAUUACUGCUAUGACUGAGGCAACAGAUGCUGAGAGUCUGGUGCCUGUGGCUUCCCCUAUCCGCAUGCCUGUGGUGGCCGCUGCUGCUGUGGGUGCUGCUGCUGGCAUUGCUGCUGGUGUUGGUGUGAGGGACGAGGAGGACGAGGAGGAAGAAGAGGAGGAGGAUGAGGAGGAGGAGGAGGAGGAUGAGGAGGAUGAGGAUGAUGAUGUUCCAGUAGCGGGUGCUAUCCAUUCAGUAUUGGAACGUGGAAACUCUGUGAGCAAAAGUGCUCUUGACAUCAUUCCCGCUGCUAUUCCCACAGAAGAGGAGGAGGAGGAUGAGGAGGAGAGAAGAGAGGGAGAAGGGAGAUACGGUGGGGAGGACGAGGAAGAAGGAGAGGAGGAAAGCUCGUAUGAGAGAAGAAGAAAAGAGAAAUAUGAUGAUGAAGAGGAGGAGCAGGAGGAGCAGGAGGAGCAGGAGGAGGAGGAACAGGAGGAGCAGGAAAGGCAGGAGGAGGGAGAGACAGGAGGGUAUGGCCCUCCUGCGCAUGUGGCCCGGAGGUUUCCUCAUUUUGAGAGUGAGGGGGGCUUGAGUGACCUCAACGCUCCUAUUGCCAUGCCUGCUCGCAGCGUUUCGAGGCGAGAAACGGAGGAGGAGGUUGCGGAGGAGGGAGAAAGGGACGAGGAGAGAGAAAUGGAGGAGAGAGAAAUAGAAGAGGAGAGAGAAAGGGUAGAGGAGAGAGAGGGAGUAGAGGAGAGAGAAAUGGAAGAGGAGAGAGAAAGGGAGGAGGAGAGAGAAAGGGUAGAGGAGAGCGAAAGGGAAGAGGAGAGAGAAACGGAAGAGGGGAGGCAAUGGGAAGAAGAGGGAGAGGAUCAAGCAGAAAGCGUGGGGGCAGAUGAGGAGGUGGAUGAGGAGAAGGAGAAGGAAGAGGAGGUAGAGGAGAGAGUGGAGAGAGAGGAGAGAGAGGAGAAGUCAGAGGAGGAGGAAGAGAAAGACGAGGAAGAAAACGAAGAUGAAGGGGAGGAGGAAUGGUCGUCAGACGAAGCAGGAGAGGACAGGGACUCGGUUGCUGAAUCAAUGCAGCUUGGGGGGGCACAAGGGGGAGCAGCACGAAUGGAUUCUUUGGAAAAAAGGUCUUCCAGCGGCAGGAAGUACCAGAGGAGUCUGAGUGAGGCUAGUGAUGCUGAUACGCCCCUGGCCAUGCCGGUCGCAGUGGGAGGGGCGCGGCAGGGGGCAGGGGAGGAUGGGGCGUCGGAGAUAGGCGAUGGGGAGGAGUCGGAUAUUGGCGUGCCGAUCGCCAUGCCUAUGGGUCCUACACCGAAAAGACGAGCGGAGGGCGCAAGGCGUGGUGGUGUUGGUGCUGGUGGUGGCAGUGGUGGUGGAGAGGAGGAGGAGGAAGAGGAGGGAGAGGAUGGGGAAGGGAGAGGGGGGCGUGCAAUGGAUGAGGAGAGUGAGCUGGACGCUCCCAUUGCAAUGCCGUUAGCCAUGAGAGGAGCAGAGGGGAGCAGGAGGACCAGCGGCGACAGCAGCGGUGGCGGGAGUGGAGGCAUUGGGAUGGGGCAUGGCGGUUGGUCGGGCAGUGGUGUUGCCGAUGCCAUCCGGGCCGGUGUGAUAGAUGAUGAUGGGAUGAGCGUUAUGUCUAGCGAGCUUGGCGCGCCUAUCGCCAUGCCUGUCGACGACAGCUUCGGCAGGACGCCCGGGGCUACGGACGAGGCUCGGCGGCGAGCGCCGAACCAAGGGGCUCCGGCGCAGGUUCGGGCUCUAGCUGCGGAAGGCCUCCGAAGCGGAGGACCAGGUUCGUCCCAUUCCUCCCCGAGGGGUGCAGGGCCGGGAUCGAGAGCCUCGUCAGCAGCAGGAUCCCCGAGGGAGAGAGGGAGACUGGAGAGCCAACGCUCGUCUUCUUUCAAAGUUCCUGUUCG